AGCAACCGACCGCCGUGCCCCAGCAAGUGUGGCAUCCAGCUCAAAUACCACAGAAGCAACCGACCGCCGUGCCCCAGCAAGUAUGGCAUCCUUCUCAAAUGCCCCUGCCAACAACCACUGUGCCCCAGCAAGUGUGGCAUCCUAAUCAAAUGCUGCAAAAGAAACCGACCGCCGUGCCCCAGCAAGUGUGGCAUCCAGCUCAAAUGCCCCUGCAGCAGAAGGAACCGACUGCCGUGCCCCAGCAAGUGUGGCAUCCAGCUCAAAUGCCCCUGCAGCAGAAGGAACCGACUGCCGUGCCCCAGCAAGUGUGGCAUCCAGCUCAAAUGCACCAGAAGCAACCGACUGCCAUGCCCCAGCAAGUGUGGAAUCCAUUUCACACACUGCAGAAGCAACCGACUGCCAUGCCCCAGCAAGUGUGGAAUCCAUUUCACAAACUGCAGAAGCAACUGACCGCCGUGCCCCAGCAAGUGUGGCAUCCUGCUCUAAUGCCCCUGCAGCAGAAGCAACCGACCGCCGUGCCCCAGCAAGUGUUGCAUCCUACGCAAAUGCCCCUGCAGCAGAAGCAACCGACCGCUGUGCCUCAGCAAGUGUGGAAUCCAUUUCACACACUGCAGAAGCAACCGACCGCCGUGCCCCAGCAAGUGUGGCAUCCAGCUCAAAUGCACCAGAAGCAAACGACUGCCAUGCCCCAGCUAGUGUGGAAUCCAUUUCACAAACUGCAGAAGCAACUGACCGCCGUGCCCCAGCAAGUGUUGCAUCCUACGCAAAUGCCGCUGCAGCAGAAGCAACCGACCGCUGUGCCUCAGCAAGUGUGGAAUCCAUUUCACACACUGCAGAAGCAACCGACCGCCUUUCCCCAGCAAGUGUUGCAUCCUACUCAAAUGCCCCUGCAGCAGAAUCAACCGACCGCCGUGCCUCAGCAAGUGUGGAAUCCAUUUCACACACUGCAGAAGCAACCGACCGCCAUGCCCCAGCAAGUGUGGCAUCCUGCUCUAAUGCCCCUGCAGCAGAAGCAACCGACCGCCGUGCCCCAGCAAGUGUGGAAUCCAUUUCAUACACUAAAGAAGCAACCGACCACCGUGCUCCAGCAAGUGUGGCAUCCUGCUCUAAUGCCCCUGCUGCAGAAGCAACCGAACGCAGAGCCCCAGCUGCGGUGGCAUCCUGCUCAGUUUCCCCAGCAGAAGCAACUAGCCCCUAAGCCUCUACUGCAGAAGGAACCAACCACCAUAACCCAGCAACCUCAGCAGGUGUGGCAUCCAGCUCAAAUGUCCAAGAAUCGAACAUCCACUGAACCUCAGCAGCAGAAGCAACCAUCCACCACGCACGCCCAGCAAGUGUGGCAUCCUGCUCUAAUGCCCCUGCAGCAGAAGCAACCGACCGCCGUGCCCCAGCAAGUGUGGAAUCCAUUUCAUACACUGCAGAAGCAACCGACCACCGUGCCCCAGCAAGUGUGGCAUCCUGCUCUAAUGCCCCUGCAGCAGAAGCAACCGACCGCCGUGCCCCAGCUGGGGUGGCAUCCUGCUCAGUUUCCCCAGCAGAAGCAACUAGCCCCUAAGCCUCUACUGCAGAAGGAACCAACCACCAUAACCCAGCAACCUCAGCAGGUGUGGCAUCCAGCUCAAAUGUCCAACAAUCGAACAUCCACUGAACCUCAGCAGCAAAAGCAACCAUCCACCACGCCCCAGCAAGCGUGGCAUCCAGCUCAAAUUCCCCUGAAUCAGAAGCAACCGGCCCCUGAACCUCAGCAGAAGGAACUGACUGCCAUGCCCCAGCAAAUGUGGUAUCGAGCUAAAAUGCUCCAACAGGAGAAUCAUCUGGCCGCCAUUGUCCAGCAGCCUCCGCUCGUGUGGCAUCAAUCUCCAUUUCCCCAGCAGCAGAAGGAACUGGCCAUCGAGCCCCAGCAGCAGAAGGAACUGGCCGUCGAGCCCCAGCAGCAGAAGGAACUGGCCGUCGAGCCCCAGCAGCAGAAGGAACUGGCCGUCGAGCCCCAGCAGCAGAAGGAACUGGCCGUCGAGCCCCAGCAGCAGAAGGAACUGGCCGUCGAGCCCCAGCAGCAGAAGGAACUGGCCGUCGAGCCCCAGCAGCAGAAGGAACUGGCCGCCGAGCCCCAGCAAGUGAGUUUCAAAUCGCACUACAAGAAUGGCAGAACUGGAGUCUCCCAAAUCAGCUACACUCCUAGGGAGGCAAUGCCUGUUGACAGUGGAAAUGCUCCCAAGGACGGUAAUGUUAGCAUUGGUGCACCAAGCAUAUAUCCAACACGAGUGAAGGAUUCUGCAAGGGAAAUAUAAUGGAUUCAUCCUCUAGAAGCUCUAAUGACCAGGAAGUUGCUGGUGUUCUUGCUACUCUAGUGUGAUGGAAUCAAUAAACAAUUUGACUUUAAAAAA